AUGGCAACCAGUUCAUCUCUCUCCCUUGAAGACGUCAAGACACACAACAGUCCUGACAGUUGUUGGGUCGUCAUCAGCAAUCAAGUAUGGAAUGUGACAGACUUUCUCCCUUCCCAUCCCGGAGGUGCAGAGGCCAUUCUCAAGUAUGCAGGCCGAGAUGCUACUCAAAUCUACAACGAGCUUCACGCUCCGGGUAUGUUGGAAGAAGCUCUGGCACACGACAAAUUUAUAGGCGACAUUCUUCCUUCUAGCGACGUUCCGCCCAAGGCCACGAUCGAAGAAGCUUCAGCCGCCGAAAAUUCACUCCAACCUCAGAUCCAGACCCCAAUUAAAGCCGAAGCAGUCCAGACUCCAUCGCAAAGUCUCCUUCCUUAUGAGAAGCCACAUCUCCAUUCCCUCAUAUCAGCCGCCGAUUUCCAGGAGGUCGCGCGCCACACGUUAACUCCUAAAGCAUGGGCAUUCUACUCCAGUGCAGCUACCGAUCUAGUCACUUAUGGAAUGAAUAAGUCAAUCAUAAGACGCAUCAUGUUCCGACCGCGUGUCUUGCGCGACGUUAAGACCGUUUCCAUCAAGCGAAAAGUGCUGGGAUGCGAGUCCUCGACACCGUUCUUCAUAUCUCCCGCUGCAAUGGCAAGAAUGGCGCACCCGGACGGUGAAUUGGCUCUAGCAAGGGGAGCUGGAGAUGAGGGCAUCGUGCAUUGCAUAAGUAGCAAUGCCAGUUAUCCUCUCUCGUCCAUCGUCAAAGCCGGCAAUGCCGACCAAACAUUCUGGCUGCAGUUAUACGUGAACUCGGAUCGAGGGAAGACCGAGGAACUUUUGCGCAAAGCUGCUGCUCUAGGAAUCAAGGGCAUCUUCGUCACUGUUGAUGCUCCAGUCCCUGGUAAACGCGAAGCGGAUGAGAGGAUUGCAGCUGAAAACGUCGCGAGCGCCAUCUCCGGUGCUGUGGCAAGCAAUGACAAAAAAGGUGGUGGGAUGGGUCGUCUGAUGGCGGCGUAUGUUGAGAAGAGUUUGAUCUGGGAAGAUAUUUCCUGGAUCAAGAAAGUGUCUGGCCUGCCUGUCGUCCUGAAGGGUGUACAGAGCGCUGCUGACGCGAUGAUGGCUGCUCGCUUCGGAGCGGACGGUAUCUUCCUCAGCAAUCAUGGCGGUCGAUCUCUCGAUGGUGCUCAACCCAGUAUCCUAGUCUUGCUUGAGCUCCAUCGAAUCUGCCCUGACGUCUUUGAUAAACUUCACAUAUACAUUGACGGGGGCUUUGAGCGCGGCUCUGACAUUCUCAAAGCAAUCGCACUCGGAGCAACUGCUGUUGGUGUGGGACGACCUUAUCUGUACUCCCUCACGUACGGUAAAGAGGGAGUUGAACAUCUUACACAAAUCCUCAAAGACGAGCUAGAGACUUCGAUGCGACUGUGCGGUAUCACGGAUAUCAGCCAAGCACACCCAGGGCUUCUCAACACGAGCGAUAUUGAUCAUAUGGUGUCAACAAGCGCAGACGAACAUCCAUAUAUUCGGUGGAAGCCAAAAGCGAUGCUAUAAUUCGACCGCAAUGAUAUGAUAGACUGAGACAUUAGCGUCCAGAGCAAUGUGAUGUAUGAUUAGCAAGGUUGACUUAUGCAUUUUUGACCGUCUGCAGACCUACCUUCAAAGCGCAAAUUAAUUAUAUAGCAACAAACUGACGUUUGUAUGUAGACUAGAAUUAGAUGAAAGGAAUAGUACCAGUUCCCAAUAUUGAGUCGCUUGUAUGAGGCGCAUCUUCCUACUUUCAAUUAAAUGAUUUGACACGCUACUGUCAAUUAAUUCAUGGUUCCAGUUUCGAUCAAAACUGAAGUCAGAGAACUUGACAUGCACAGUGUAUCGU